AUGCGCAGCAAACCGUUCGCCCGUAUGCACGUCUGGCCACUAACAGAGCAGGUCCAGUCGCGCGAUGCGUUCGUCUAUAUAGAUCGAGGCAUGCAGGUUGCCGGUUGGAUACCACCUGCUAAGAAAUUAGCGCGUCGCAUCUACUUCUUGUGGACCGUGAUAACCACAGUCAUGGUCAUAAUAUUGCUGGAUGUGUCGCUUUUGAUGAGCUACUUCAAAGAUUUUCGCCGCUUCAAUGCGGGCCAGUUCCUCACUUCACUCCAGGUGGGCCUAAACUGUUUUGGCUCCAGCAUCAAGGCGUGCUACACAUUCGCCGGCAUUAAGAGAUUCAGCCGUGCCAAGCAGCUGCUCGAUCGCAUGGACCAGCGCUGCACGAGCGACGAGCAGCGGCUGCACAUGCAUCGUUGGGUGGCGCGCUGCAAUCAGGUCUACAUGUACUUCCAAGUGAUGUACUCCUUCUAUGCCCUAUCCACGUUUCUGGCAGGCGCCCUGAGCGGUCAGCUGGCCUGGAGGAUGUAUAACCCGCUUAUUGACGCAGAGGCGAGCAAGCAGCACUUUUGGCUAGCUGCCAUACUGGAGUAUGUGUGGAUGUCUGGUGCGGUGUUCCAGGACCAAAUGGCUGACUCCUACCCUAUUAUUUACUUCCUCAUGCUGCGUGCCCACAUUACGCUACUCAAGCAGCGUCUGCGCCGCUUGCGCACGAACACAAAACUGACGGAAAAGCAGAACUAUGCGGAGCUGAUCAACUGCAUUGGGGAUCACAGGCUAAUACUAGAAUAUUGCAGCACACUCGCUCCAGUUGUUUCUGCCACAAUAUUCGUGCAGUUUCUGUUGGUUGGCAUCGUCAUGGGUCUGACUGUCAUAAACAUUAUGUUCUUCGCCAGCUUCUGGACUGGCCUGGGCGCAGCCAUUUUCCUAUUUGAUGUCAUAAUGCAAACUUUCCCCUUUUGCUACAUUUGCAAUCUGAUUAUGGACGACAGCCAGGAGUUGGCCUACUGCUUGUUUCACUCCAACUGGUUGGACGCAGAUCGACGCUAUAGGCACACACUGCGCCACUUUUUGCACAAUGUCCAGCAGCCAAUUAUAAUGACAGCUGGAGGUGUGUUUAUUAUUUCCAUGAGUACAAAUGUUUCGGUGGCCAAGCUUGCAUUUUCGGUAGUUACAUUCGUUAAACAAUUAAACAUAGCAGAAAAUUUCAGGGAGUAA